UUGGUCAGCCAGCCAGAUGUUUACGUGCCCACAGAAAAUCACUGUGUCUUUGAAGAGCGUCUCCUAAGCCGAGCUACUGUGAGCUCCCUGUCCGUCUGUAUGUCUGUAUGUGACAAUGUGCUCGCUGAUCGACUUGCUGUUGUUAUUCAAGGAUUGACGUGACGGCUCAUCCAGGCCUCCGCCAAAAGACAUGCCGGAAGGUUCCCUGAACGCUCCAGAUGAACAGCUGGCUGCUAAAGAAUCUUUCAGGAUUUCCACAACCUGGUCCCUGAGCAGCGGCAGCAGCAAUGACAGGUCGCCUACAGUCACGGCGUCCGUCAGCUCAGUGUCAGUCAGCACCGACCGCUCGGACAGCGACCGUCCAGUGAGCGUCAGUUCCUCCGGUUCUUCACAGGACGCGCGGAGCCUGUACGGGAGCAACGGAGCCCUGUCCGCCAGCGCGUAUCACAUAGAUUGUCCGCACAAGAUGGAGGAAGUGGACAUCAGGCAGUGCUCCAACACGGGCAAAGAACACGGGCCCUUCAAGCUCAACCGCAUGUGCAACAACAACAAUAAUUCGGUUAGCAGGCCCGGCACGGACGGAAACUUCCAGCAACUUCCGACGUCACCCAUAGCAACCAGGGCCAUGGUGCCCAACCCCAAGUUGUCCUAUGUGGACAGGGUGGUCAUGGAGAUCAUUGAGACGGAGCGGAUGUACGUGAGGGACUUGAGAAGCAUUGUUGAGGAUUACUUGGGUUGCAUCAUCGAUACUCCAGAUCUGCCCACACGACCUGAUCAAGUCUCCUCCCUCUUUGGCAACAUUGAGGAUAUCUACGAGUUUAAUAGUGACUUGCUCCAAGACCUUGAUAGUUGCAACCAUGACCCUGUCGCCGUUGCAAAAUGCUUUGUGGACAAGAGCCACUAUUUUGAGAUCUACACUCAAUACUGUACCAACUACCCCAACUCGGUGGCGGCCCUGACCGAAUGCAUGAGGAACAAGAUCCUCGCCAAGUUCUUCCGGGAACGGCAAGCCACGUUGAAACGAUCGCUUCCCCUGGGCUCGUAUCUACUGAAACCCGUCCAGAGGAUCCUGAAAUAUCAUCUCCUCCUGCAGGAAAUAGCCAAGCACUUUGACGACAACGCGGAGGGAUACGACGUGAUUGAGGAGGCGAUCGACACCAUGACGGGGGUGGCGUGGUAUAUCAAUGACAUGAAGAGAAAGCACGAGCACUCAGUUCGACUGCAGGAGGUUCAGAGUCUGCUGAUAAAUUGGAAAGGGCCAGAUCUGACGACGUACGGGGAGCUAGUCCUGGAAGGAACAUUCCGGAUUCACCGGGCGAAAAAUGAACGCACUUUAUUUUUAUUCGAUAAGGUCCUGCUGAUAACCAAAAAACGAGGGGAGCAUUUCAUCUACAAGAGCCACAUCACGUGCUCUAUGCUGAUGUUGAUUGAAAGCACCAGAGACUCUCUGUACUUCGGGCUGAUGCAUUACAAGAACUCGAAGCAGCAGCACACUGUUCAGGCAAAGACGGUGGAGGAGAAGAGGCUGUGGACCCAUCAUAUAAAGCGUCUGAUUCUGGAGAAUCACCAUGCAAUCAUUCCGCAGAAGGCCAAGGAAGCCAUCUUGGAAAUGGAUUCCUUCUACCCCUUUAAGUACCGUUACAGCCCAGAGCGAUUGAAGAAAUCCAUGUCUGCUCAAGAGGAGAUUGUGACUGGCCGCCAUGGUCGCAGGCAAUCGGAGCCAGCGAAACAGAUCUUGAGAUCUCUGACUCAGAAUGUUUCUCUGAAGCAUGCGGGCAGUGACGGGCAGCUUCUGGGUAAGGUGGACUCUCUGAGCUCCAUGGCAAGCAACAGCACCCUGAACUCCAGCAUAGGCGAGCGGCCUGACAAUGAGGAGGAGUUGGCACUGAGCAAGGAAUCUUUGGACCAGCUGCGGGCAAGCGAUUCAGAUGAGACGGCAAGAGGCACGGUGCUCGAGCAAGGAGCAGGGGAGCUGGAAGAGGAAGAUAUAAUGAUGGAGGGUGACCAGGUAGCGGACUUCGCCAGUACAUUACUGGCUGCCAUCUCGUGCUGGCACUAUAGGGCCAGGGCUUUGCUUUCUGCUAGAUUCUCCACGACUGAGAAUCCUUCGGACAUCCAGGAACCAAAGGGAUUUAAGCGACAGCACAGCGAGUCUUCAGGGAACCCAGAGAAACGUAUGAGUUUGGAUACCGGAAGUGACGUCACUGAAGAGGUUGCUGCUGACGUGGAGCCAGGACCUGGUGAAGAAAUGGUGAGUGACAUUUCCCAGUCUUCUCAAGUGAAGACCGUGGGUGAGGUAGAGCCCGUGCAGAACCCAGAGGAGCCCACGGAAGGGAACGAGGCUGCUGACAAAAUCGACCAUGAGAUAAGCCGGUCAGGAUCGGGCGUUGAAUCCACCAUGGACACAGCAGAAGAACACAAGCACUUCAGCAGCGAGGAGUCAUCUGACGAGGAAGAACAGGAGCGCCAUUCGCCGAGUAUCCUUCCGCCUUCGGUGUUGGACCAAGCCAGCUUCAUUGCAGGGCAUUUCAUGAACAAUCGAUCCAGGUGCAACAGCCUGGUGAUGGACGACAGCAGAUCCUUUGGCUGUCCGACCCCCAAACUGACCACCAGCAGGCGAAGUAGCAUUUCGAGCAUCGAAAACGCAGAGAAGCUGGUCCGGAACAGCAGUGCCUCCAAUGUGAACGACGCAUUCCUAGAAGCCUCUGCCGUGCAGUCCGUUAACAGCCAGGAGAGUCUCGUGGAUGACUCUAAUCAUAGUGGCCAAGGGGACUUGUUAUCAGAGAUCAGCCGAAAUAUCCGGAGGCGAAUGGAUUCCACUCUGUCCAGGCAGGACAGGCUCCUCAUUGAGAAGAUUAAGAGUUACUAUGAGCACGCGGAGCACGAAGACGCCGAUUUCAGCAUCCGAAGACGUGAGAGUUUGUCCUACAUCCCAACAGGUCUGGUCAGGAAUUCCAUCUUCAAAUUAAGCGUUCAAAACAAGGACAAAGACAAGGAUGAGAAUGUCCACGAAGCUCCAAUUAGGAGAUUGCUGUCCAGCUCAGGGCACACUGCCGCCAACCACAGCAAGUCCUCACCUCGUGUCUGGCUGGACACUUCAGACCCAUUCACCGAAAGGAGCUCCCGUUCCUCUUCUCCAGAACCAGGGAAUAUUUCAGACCCUCAACAGACGCAAUUAAACGAUCCCGCGCAAGGAAGCCCACCUUCGGAUGGUCUGAGACACGCAAUGGCAGAUCCCCAGGAGCAUGUUGCGGAGACCGAGUUCCGAUCUUCUGCGGAAAUGAUUAAAAUCUGGCAAAAGAUGGAGAAAAUGUCUGGCAGCGCAGACGGGACCCUGAGAAGGCAUAAGCUGAGAGAAGAGGUGCAGAGUUCAGCAUCGGAGGCUGAGGUCUCGGAAUGCCGAUCUCAAUUGCUGAAAGAAAAACAGGAAAUCGAAGACUCGGAACACUGCAUCAUAAAACACCUCAGCAACGGAAGAAUCAUAUUCGGUCUCGAUCUGAACGAGCCUCUGGUUAUCCUGGAAGAUAGUGACUUAAGUGCCAUAACAGAGGAGUCGCCUAUUUCGUCGCCGGCCAGAUCGGUUUAUGAAAGUGGGAACUACGAGCGACGGAGCGAUAGAUCCGAAGGCGAAGAGCGCAACGCGACAGGAGAGCCGGUUGUUCUCCAGGAACCGGCUCCGCCCUGCCGAGCACCACCGCACGUCCAACACAGUGAAAACACGGAACAAGAGAAAAAAGCCUCCCGACCGCAGGGUACAGGCUCCCAGGUCACUAGGAAGAAACAUGAACUUCCAACCCUGAGCGUACCAGCACAAGUCACUCCAGCACCAUCCAUGGCACAGAGUGAAGAGCUGCUGAGAGAGGUGGCGGAGAAGAUGAAGUCCAAGGUCUACCAGCUGGCCAGGAUCUACAGUCAGCGCAUUAAGAAAAACAAACCGGUGGUUAAAAAGCGGGUCCAGGAUGUCGAGGAUGACCCGAUAGAUAAUGAAGAGGAGAGGAGAACCGCAAUAGGGAGUCAGCAAAUCUUUCAGGAAGACAAGAGGCAAAUAGUUGCUGCAGAAAAGCCAAAGAUGACACUGUCUUUGCCUGUCUACGACCGGGUCAUUAUUCACGAACAGGAACCUUUGAUACCUGCCCUGGACCAAAGAGACAUCUUGCUGCCAAACAAGGAUUUCCUAGCGUUUCCGCUUUCCAGUAGUUCCAGCAGAACGUCUUCCCCUCGGCACUCCAUGGCCAGACCCCGGCUCCUCUCUCCUGUGGUCUCCCAGUCCAGGAGCCCCCUCAGCCCCACGGAGAUCGAAACCUUUGUGUGGCCAGAUGUGCGCGAGCUCCGCUCUAAGUACCUUUCCUCGGACUCCCAAACCUACACUUUGAAGACGGCCGGCGGAGUUGGUCAUUCCAAAUCGGGUAGAUUCACGAAGAGCACAUCCGUACCAAACGGGAUGCUGGAAAACAGUCAGACCCAUUCCAGCUCUGCCUGCAGGAGUGAACUGAGCCACUCUCCCACCACCUUAGUGCAGGUCCCCAACCGGGGAAGAGCAGCCUCGUCCAGUACAGUGGAACGAGGAACCAGGUCUCACUCCCUGAGCCAACCUCCCCAGCAGCUCAGGUGUGAAAGGUGCUGUCGGACACGCAUGUCCCGUUCGAGGACAGCGUCCCUGGAUAGUAGAAGCACCGAGCGAUGUUCUAGCUUGGACUGUAAGCAUUGUCACUUUACUUCCAGCAACCACUACAUUUCCUCAGAAAUAACUCUGCAAGAUGAUCAGAAGGGUGUCUUCAUGGAAAAUCUGCCUGAUGAUGAUGAUGAGGAGGAGGAGGAGGAGGCCGACCUGAGCAAUCAUAGGAAGGAGCAAACGGACGAUGACAACAGCUACGUCCAGAUCAGGUCUCCCACGUCCAGAGAAAAGAUCUCCAUUCGGGCGGUCAUCGAACGGUGCAAGGUCUACCAAGAGUCUGAGGAGUACAAGCUGAGGGAAGACGGUGAGAGCCAACCCAAGAGACAGGGCUCCUCUGUCCCAUUCAGUAAACACAGUGGCUCCAAAGGGCUGGAGAAGGUGGGCUUCUCGACGAAACAGGUGUCGGACCUGAGAAAGGAAACGAGUCAAAUCACGAGGAGCACAGAACUGGGCCAACAGGGCCUCGUGAAAAAUCUGAGAGACAGGUUUCAAAGCCUCAGUUCAGCCAGCAACAGCUGAGUGGCUUCAGCUUGCCUCGCACGUCAAGCACUGAACCUGGUUGAUUUUCUCACGUACUCUUUUUUUUGCUGUCGAGCCUCGUUGAUGAAGUGAUGGUAUAUUUUGGAUUCAGACGACUGGCCUGGAAUAUUGACCGACCAUACUUCCAUUGAGACGUCCAGCAACUGAGACUAGUAAAGGACAUUGCAAAUCGUAGCCAGGUUAUUUAAUAUUCUUGCACAGAUUUUUAUGUUUGUGCAUCCUCAUUGUUAAUUUAAAGUUUUUAAGUUAAACACUUGCCUUCGGUUGCUAACGGUCAGAGCGUCACCAGGUAACUUCAUCUGACUUCUUCAACCCAUUUCGACCCAUGGUGCUUCCAUGUACCAUUCAGACCUGCCUUGUUUUAGUCAGCUAGGUGUCUAACACACGCAGAAACCCAUUGCUGUGCUUCAACACUAUCCAAAACAAGUACUGGGAGUUCCACUUUUGUAGUUUCCGUUAGUUAGUCCACCAAGGGAUGCACCCCUGUCCACCUAAGCCUGGAGUGUUCAGGCGGAGAUUGGCAAGAGUCAAGGCUCGGGGACCCCAGAUGUGUGUGUGCUCAGGUACUGCCUUCGUCUUAACUUCUUCCAUCAGGGCAUUUUGGUUUCCCUGUACCAAGAUUUGAUUGCUUUCAAUUGGCUCUUCCUGGAGAGGGGAGGGGAGGUAGGGGGCGAUAGUGAGGCUGUAUAUUUGGUCUCGCUGGCAGGUUAGUGGAAAAUCAGAGUUCCCUAUUAUGAUUCCCCCAGUUUCUUACAAAAGUCUGUUUUGUGGAGGCAGGAAAAAGGACCUGGAUGAGGUUUGGUGACCUGCACCCACAGGUCUAUACAAAUUUGCAGGGCUAUCGGGAGAGAAAGAGCAAGUGGGAUUAGUUUGGACAGCUCUUUCAAAGAGCCGGCGGGGGCAUGAUGAGCCGAAUGGCCUCCUUCUGUGCUGUAUAAUUCUACAAAUCUAUGAAUUACUGCCAUUUGUGAGGACUGAACCCUGGGCACUGGUGUAACCAUUACCACCGGGAGAGUCAUUUCUUCAGUGGACGCAAUACUUGCUCUCCUUCGAAGGGCCGUUGCUUGAGACGGGUUUUGACAUCCCAAAUGUCAGGAUUUGUAUGGAGCAGGACAUAUUGGGUUGGUUGGUCAUUCUCUCGGGCGCAAACCUUCGACUGUCCAGCGGCUUGGGAUGUCUAGCCUCCCAACGUGAAAGGUGCUCUAUAAAUGCAAUUUGUCGUUCAGAUACCGAGCAGGAAAAAAAAAUGGGAAAAAAACAGUGGGAACAGCGAGAGGGCAGAGCGACACCUUAAGCAAGCUUCCUUACUCCGCACGUUCCUGUUUAUCCCGCGCGUCCCUGUUUAUCCAGCAGUCCUGUAUUGGGAGGGGUAAGCUAUCCAGAUAAAUUGCCCCUCUUUUCAAAUCUGUUUCAAGAACGACAUCCAAUACCGCAAAUGGGUCACAUUGAGACUCCCUCCCUCCCUCAAAAAGGUGAUGCCUUUGAGUUUCUUGCAUCACUCAGUCAUGUUUUGCCCACAAAAUAAACAGUCAAUCCACUUUACAGUAUAUCCUGUGAAG